UAUUAAAUGUGUCCCCAAUCUCAGUCAUAGAUAUAGAUAGCAUCAAUCAAAUGUCUUAGCAAAAUGUACAAAGCAAGUCCUUCUAUAUAUCUUCUUAUAGGAUGUUUGGGAUAUCUGGGUUCCCACUUUGCAGCUGCUUCACAGAAGAAAGGCUUGUCCGCAUACGCGCCUUUCUUCCUGUGCGAUGACUUUAGGGUGCUCAACAACAUGUCUUGGUGGUACGGCUGGGAAGACGCCUUAAACCUAUAUAACCAGUACGUCACUAACAAAUGCCCCAGCCCGCAGGCUCACAUGCCAGAGUUCGUCCCAAUGAUCUGGAGCAUGCAUAGCAACAACGUCUCCAGGUGGAUCCACAUACCUAGCAACUCGAAAUACGUGCUUGGUUUCAACGAACCGGAUGUGCGCGAUCAGGCGAACAUGACCCCACAGGAAGCAGCAGCUUACUGGCCCCUAAUUGAGCAAGCUGCUGGAGGCAUACCACUCGUGGCCCCAGCUCCGGCGGCCCAGAAUUUUCAUUGGCUAGAUCAGUUUUUGCAUUUAUGCCACAAUUGUCGCAUUGACUACCUAGCUGCGCAUGCAUACAGUUGUAACGCAGACGAGACAAUGGGGUAUCUCCAGAAGCUCUACAAUCGCUACCAUAAGCAAAUUUGGUUGACGGAGUUCGGCUGCGCAUAUAUGGCAGACGAGGAUUCGCAGCUGCGCCUGAUGCAGGCGUUACUUCCAAGGUUGGAGGCGGCAAACUAUGUUUUCAGAUACUCGUGGUUCAUGGCUCGGGUAAAGGACGAUGCUGUGGGCGGGUUCGUGCGCACGUCCAUGAGUCUACUUGCCCGGGAUUGUCCUACCCUUACGCCUCUCGGCCAUUUCUAUAACGAGUUCCAGCCCGGACACGGCAGCGUUCCCGUCGGUUAACAACGUUUGCUGUUGUUGUUAUUUAUAAUAUUAGGAUUAUACUUUAUUUACUACUCUCGUCUUUACAUCGAAAGGUAAUUUGACACAUGCAGCUUCAGUUUACAAAAUUCUGAUUAGUUAUCGUUUUGUUUGUUCACAACCAAGCAGCAACUUAACUAAUAAAAUGUAACACUGUU